UUCACCCAGUCUACAUAUUUCCUCUGUUCAAUAUCAAACUUCAGCUCCCACCACUCCGCCGACGACCGAGGGAUAGGUAAGGUUUCCGAUGGUUCCGCCAAGGUUUACCCACCGUGCGACGUCAAGUACAGUGAGUACACACCUUGCGAGGACCCCAGAAGGUCGUUGAAAUUUUCAAGGUCCCGGUUGAUAUAUAGGGAGCGGCACUGCCCGGCGAAACACGAGUUACUCAAGUGUCGGAUACCGGCGCCUUACGGGUACAGAAACCCGUUCAAGUGGCCGUUGAGCAGGGAUCUGGCGUGGUACGCCAAUGUGCCGCACAAGGAAUUGACGGUAGAGAAGGCCGUACAGAACUGGAUACGGUACGAGGGCGAUCGGUUUAGAUUUCCUGGUGGCGGGACCAUGUUCCCCAACGGUGCUGAUGCCUACAUUGAUGAUAUUGGAAAGUUGAUCAAUCUCAAAGAUGGCUCUAUUAGAACAGCUAUUGAUACCGGCUGCGGGGUUGCAAGUUGGGGAGCUUAUCUUUUGUCCAGAAAUAUUCUUGCAAUGUCAUUUGCACCGAGGGAUACACAUGAAGCCCAGGUGCAAUUUGCUCUGGAGCGAGGAGUUCCUGCUUUAAUUGGAGUUCUAGCCUCCAAGAGGCUCCCUUAUCCUUCUAGGGCUUUUGACAUGGCUCAUUGUUCUCGCUGCCUCAUUCCUUGGGGCCAAUAUGAUGGGGUUUUCUUAACUGAAGUUGAUAGAGUUCUAAGGCCCGGAGGAUAUUGGAUCCUGUCUGGUCCGCCCAUCCGCUGGAGAAAAUACUGGAAAGGCUGGCAGCGGACAAGGGAGGAUUUGAAUAAGGAACAAACUGGAAUCGAGCAAGUAGCUAAGAGCCUGUGCUGGAAAAAGUUGAUCGAGAAGGACGAUAUUGCUAUCUGGCAAAAACCAGCUAAUCAUAUGCAAUGCAAAAAGCUCAAGAAGGUUUAUAACAGUCCUGCAUUCUGCCCCAAUCAAGAUCCUGAUAAGGCCUGGUUGGUGUUUCUCUAAGGAUGAUGAAUGAUUAGCAGAAUCUGGAAAUGCAAAAAUUUAUCGUACUUCUUUUCAAUAUCAAACUUCUUUUCGUCACUCCAAAGAAGCACUCUGGUCUCCACGUCAUCAAAGUCCAAACAACCCCCGUAAGACUUCCAUAGACUGUGAAACCGGCGGGAUACAGCACUUGUCCUUGCAGCCUCUUUCAUUGACAAGUUUGAAAAUAUAUCCAUCAUAAUUGUAUCCGGCAAGGUACUCGUCAGAUCCAAAACCAUCUCCUCCAUUCGCCUUCAAAUUGAUACUCUGGCGGCAGACCUAAUCGCCUUCCGAUUCUGUUUCAAUCGGACUUGCAACAGUUGCAGCAGUGCGACGCAGUCAAACUAGCUGCUUUGUUAAUGACAGUUAAAGCUAAAUAUGCUUUAUAGAUAGCACAGGUUCAGGAGAAAGGGUUUCCCCCCUAUGCAAUUAUUGAUGAUACGGGUGUGGAUUUUAAGAUCAAGCUGCUCACUGUUGGUGGGAAGAAGUUGAAGCUUACAAUUUGGGAUACCGCUGGACAAGAGAGGUUCAGGACCUUGACAAGCUCAUACUACAGAGGUGCUCAAGAGAUCGUUCUUGACAAAUGCUACUAUGUCAGAUUUUGUGCAAAAUUCACAGCUACUAAGUGGACUCAAGAAGGAUGAAGAUAAAGCUUCUUUUUUGGCUCGUGAAGUAUUUUGGAAGUUUUUAUGACUUUUGAGGCUCGGAUGCUUUUUGUAAACUUGAUUGACUUUGCAUGAACAAUUUGGGUUACACAGUACCACUUCUAUUGUAGUAUUUGUAGGAUGACGUUGAACUUAAACAUUAUAUUUUGGUCCUUUGUAGCAUAAUGGAUGCUUUUAGCUAUUAAUUAGCAGGCCUUUUAUGGUUCUGUUGAUUUGAUGAAUUGUUGGAUUCCUUUUUAGUAUAAUGGAUGCUUUUAGAUAUUAAUUAGUAGGCCUUAUAUGGUUCUACUUUGAU